GACACUCGAUGGUGUGUGUUCACUCUCCAUUAGUAAACAAUCAUAAUGUAUCUGUUCAUAACUUUGUUGCUGUCCGUGCUCGUUAUUCUUUACGUUUAUCUAGUCUGGAAUUUCAAUUAUUGGAAAAAGCGAAAUGUUCCUGGGCCUGAUCCACCUUUUCUUGGGAACAUGCGAUCGUUUUUCCUUCGGAACCGAUCAAUAAUGGAUGAAUUGGAUGACAUUUACAAAACGUACAAAUCGAAAUAUGAUUUCGUAGGAGUUUUCAACGUCAGAACGCCUCGAAUCCUGAUCACGUCACCAGCUGUCGCCAAAAACAUUUUAACAAAGGACUUUAAAAGCUUUCACGAUAAUGAAUUCGGCCAAAUGACGGAUAAACAGCUCGACCCGCUUCUCGCACGGAACCCGUUCAUGUUGAAUGGUGAAGAAUGGAAAACGAAACGCGCAGAAAUCACACCUGCUUUCACCACAUCAAGGAUAAAAUCACUUUUUCCGUUCGUUGAAGAUGUUGCUUCUAGAAUGACCAAAUACCUCAAGGAUCACAAGGAUUCUCCCUUGGAAGCUAAGGAAUUGGCAGCAAAGUUCACCACCGAUGUCGUUUCCAGCUGUAUCUUUGACACGGAUGCACAAUCCUUUGUGAAAGAAAAACCCGAAAUCCGUGAAAUGGGUCGUAGAUUGUUCGACUUCGGUACCGCCUUUACAUUAGUAAUGAUAUGUCGAGCAGCACUUCCUAGACUAGCGAAAAUUCUGCAGCUUGGAAUGGUUCCUAAGUCAGUGGAGAAUUUCUUCACCAAUUUGAUGAGUGAAGCGAUACGCUAUCGUGAAGAGCACUCCGUUCAACGGAUCGAUUAUUUGGAGCAUCUUAUCAAUUUGCGCAAUAAGAAGGAAAUAACCGAACUAGAUAUUACAGCACAUGGAGUAACGUUCUUCCUGGAUGGCUUUGAAACUUCCAGUGUGGCCAUAUCCUUUACGUUGUAUGAGUUAGCUAAAAACCCCGGUGUACAAAAGCGUCUUCGGGCCGAGCUUCAGGAUGCUAUGAUCAACAAUGAAUCGAUUUCAUAUGACACCCUUCUUGAAUUGCCAUAUCUGGAGCAGGUUAUCAAUGAAGCUCUGCGACUUUGGCCUCCUGUUGCCUUGAUAUCGAAGCAAUGCACCGAGCCGUUCGAUCUGGAUUUGACUUCGACUCGAACUAUUCAUCUUGAAUCCGACAUGGCUGCUAUGAUCAACAUUUGGUCUUUCCAUCGGGAUCCAGAAUAUUACAUUGACCCUUUGACUUUCAACCCGGACCGAUUUAGUCCUGCAACAGGAGGGAUCAAUCCUUAUCGUGAAAAGGGAUGUUUCUUACCUUUCGGUGACGGCCCACGGCAGUGUUUAGGGAUGCGUUUUGCUCGGAUGCAAGUGAAAAGAGCGAUCUGUGAGGUGGUUCUGAAUUUCGCAAUCUCGGUUGAUUCAAAAACCAAAGAACCUUUGCGUUUGGAUCCGGCACAAUUCCUUGUAACCGCACUUGGAGGUAUUUGGUUAAAUUUUAAACCUAUCGAAGAGCAUGAGCAAAUAAAAAUGUUUCUGACUAUCAGCUUAGUGUUAGCCGCUCUUGCAGCCUUGUAUGUAUAUUUGGUAUGGAAUUUCAACUAUUGGAAGAAACGCGAUGUGCCGGGGCCUGAACCCACCCCCCUACUGGGUAACUUCCAUUCCUUAUUACUACGCAACCAGCCAGUCAUGGAGGAAAUGGACAAGAUUUAUCAAACUUACAAAGGCAAAUUCAACUUCAUAGGAGUUUUCGGAAAUCGGUCGCCACGAAUUUUCGUGUUGUCGUCAGCUCUCGCCAAGGACAUUCUUAGUAAGCAUUUUAAAAAUUUCCACGAUAACGAGUUUGCAACUUUAACGGAUAAGGAAGUGGACCCAAUUCUUGCUCGAAAUCCUUUCCUGCUAAACGGCGAAGAGUGGAAGACAAAGCGUGCAGAAAUAACACCAGCAUUCACCAGCUCACGGAUGAAGUCACUUUACUCAAUUGUUGAAGAUGUGGGAAAGCGCAUGACGAAGUACUUAAAUGAACAUAAAAGUGAUCCGUUAGAAGCUAAGGAACUUUCGGCAAAAUUCACCACGGAUGUGGUUUCAAGCUGUAUUUUUGCAGCUGACGCCCAGUCUUUUACCAGUGAGAAACCGGAGAUUCGCGAAAUGGGUAAAAAGUUGUUUGACGUAUCAUUUUCUUCCUUCAUGGUAUUAAUAUUCAUAUCGAUGUUCCCGAAGCUAUCGAAAAUGCUGAAUGUUAGUGUUAUUCCAAAAUCGUGUGCUAAAUUUUUUACCAAUCUAAUGUCAGAAGCGAUUCAGCAUCGGCAGGCCAGCACCACAACGCGAGCCGAUUAUCUUGAAUAUCUUAUCAGUUUAAAGAAUAAGAAAGAAAUUUCCGAAUUGGAAAUGGCGGCCCAUGGCGUUACAUUUUUCCUCGAUGGGUUUGAAACAUCCAGUAUUGCAAUGUCAUUCAUUCUAUACGAAAUUGCAAGGAAUCCCGAUGUACAGAAACGGCUCAGAGAAGAAUUGCUAGAGGCCGGGGCUGGAGGGGAAGACAUCACGUACGAAAAGCUCCUAGAAUUGCCGUAUCUGGAUCAAGUCAUUGACGAAACCUUGCGACUGUGGACUCCGAUAUCUUUUAUGUCGAAACGGUGUAUCGAACCAAUCGAAAUAGAUUUAACUGCAACGAGGAAGGUACUGAUUGAAACCGACGUUUGUGCCAUAAUAAAUGUCUGGUCUAUUCACCGUGAUCCGGAAUACUACGAAGAUCCUCUGACGUUCAAUCCAGACAGGUUCAGUCCGGAAACUGGCGGAGUCAACUCGUACCGCGAGAAAGGAUGCUACCUACCUUUUGGCGAAGGACCACGACAGUGUUUGGGCAUGCGGUUCGCCAGAAUGCAGCUCAAAAGAGGAAUAUACGAAGUGGUAAAGAACUUUAGAAUUCAUGUUGAUUCCAAAACCAAGCAACCUCUUCAAAUGGAUGCUUCAAAUUUUUUGACCGCGGCUUUAGGAGGUAUUUGGCUGAAUUUUGAACCCAUUGGCGAUUAUUAAUAUCUUGUUUAGAAGGCCGAUUUACAGAACGUGCGACUAUUUAUUUAUUUCAUUGGUCAAAUUUAUAUCGUUUUCUUUUCACCUGGUUAAUCUUCUAGAAUGGAAUUGUGUUGUUCAAUAAAACAAUGCUUUAUACAAUGGUA